AUGAACUUUCACGUGAGAGCGAGGGGUGAAUUUACGGGGGAGAAGAUCACGAGGGCGGUGGCCAAACAGCGGGUAGCGACCUACCGCAAGAUGGACUUCCACGUUAGAGCGAGGGAGGGCAAAGAUGGGCACAGCUAAGGGUUCUCUCUCAGGCGUAUGAACUCUAUUUCUUCAUACACAAAGAGAUGGAAGUGGAACAGCGUGUUUUGCGCGCUCGGGUGCUUCGUUUUGUGAGUUUCUGUAUCAUCGGCCCACCUGUAGUCUACCUUGUGUUUGUGCACGUUCAUGGCCGUCACACCUUUCUGUGGGAGCAUUGGUGCGUGCUACACGUACACCCUCGCCUGAUGCCUCGACGGCAAUUCCCGCGGGUAUGAAAAGAUGUACAUAGAAAACGAGCGACCGUGGUACCCCCCGUAUGUGUUGACACACUCUCAAGUCAAGCUGGGUUGAGGUAGGGUUCCCUGCCCUUGCUGUCAUGUGCUGUCAAGCGCGUACAACGUCGACAGCAACAGCAGCAGCAGCCGCGACUAUUCCCAAUGUUGACGUUGUGGACACGGCGUGGGUGGAUGUUAUGGCUGGGUACGAUCGUGUGCUGUCAAAUCAGUUCGUUUGGGGCACGCAAAUACGCCAGCCAGCCCCUCCAUCCCCCAUCCACGCUCCCGCCAACGCCACCCUUUCCCUUUUCUGAACUCCCCCGGUGUCAUCGCUGCCGCAGGGUUGUGUCGUUCAACUUGCGGGAGGUUCCUACUUGGACUCGGUGACGGUCGACCCGUUGGCGGAGGGCUGCUCCCCCCGCCGCUUUAACCACUCGUGCCAGGCGAACACGUACCUGCACACGGUGAGCAGCGUGCGUCGUUUCCAACGGUUUGCUACUGUAGAUACCAUUCAGGGUGUGGUGGGUGAUAGAUACGUUGUGGAGUGUGCUGAUGGUACCAAGAGAACGCGUUUGAACUCUAUUUUGCUCAGUUGUGUAUCUCUGUACAGGCGGACGGUGAAGGUCGGGCAGGGGCAGUCCCAGGAGAAGCGCGUGUUCGUUUGCUCCCUCAAGAGCAUCGAGGCAGGGCAGGAGCUCUGUAUCUCGUGCCCUGCCCCUGUCACUGUUGGACUGGGGGUGGGGGGGUGUACUCAUGGUCGUGCAUGCCGUAGUCGUUAGACCAUGACCUCGCAUCCCUACAAAGCCGGGACGGAGCACGNCAUCUUGUGCUCACUUCCUUGCAUACGGAUGACAGCUGCGUAUGACUUGAUUUCUUUUCUGGUGCUUUCACUUCCAGAAACAGUUAUAAGCACUGUUUAACUGCCUCGAGGGUGCUUGACCAUUUCAACACAACGUGGUGCGAUCAUCCUCCUUGCGCGGAGUGAGGGUUUCUCGACCCCGCACAACAUGAUCCACUCGACCACCAUUAUGGUUACUGCCAAAAAACAGAGGUAAAAAAAAAAAAGGUAACCUGGUUGCCGAGUUCACGAAGUGAUUUGGCUUGUUUCACAACGUCAUUGCCAAGCGACGAAAACCGAAUCCCGAUGGCAAACACCGAGGGGGUGGCUUGUUUUACAACGUCGUUGCCAAGCGACGAAAACCCAACCCCGAUGGCAAACACCAGGGGGGGGGCGGUGGCCGGCGGUAAACAAUCGCGGUUUCAAAUGGAACUGUGAGGCCUGUAGAGCGACUUCCCUCUGAUUGGCACAGCUUAUUUGUCGCCGAACGCCGCGGUUCUAUUCACCCGAGUGCUUUUGUAGGAGUUUCGGAUCGGAUUUUGGAUUGGAGCUUUGGGGUUGCUCGUUGGGGGAAGGUCAUUGACUGAUGAUGUGAAGUACAUGCUGUUUUGUGAGAGGGUAGGUCAAUGGCUGAUAAUGUACAAUACGUGUAUUGUUUUGUGGACAGAGAGAGCCAGCGUCCAAUAGCACGAAAAGCCCGCUACUCCACAACAUCUCCAUAUUCGCGGGCGGGGGCAAUGCCUUUGAGUGAAAAUCGACCAUGAUACUGAACAGCGUGUGUGGGCUUGGAAGUAAGCUGCGUUUGUUGUCCCUCAGCAGCACUGCAGAAUCUGCGCAUGUAGUGGGAGCUCGAGUUUGCCUUGCUUGUAUAGCAACCACUUGUUCUGUAUCGAUUUGUACUUUAUAUUUCACGCGAAAACGGGUAUUGUUUGGUGAAACCACGGCGAUACAGUUGUACCAGUGAGCACGGGCCGGGCUGGGCAGAAGUAGCAGGGCUAGACACGGGGGCAGUGACGUGGUGUUUUGCCUGGCCCUUUUGCCAAUGUUGUGUGUAUUUUAGCUUCGAGCAGACCAGCAGCGGCGAUGGAAUCGGAAGGAGGGACGGGGUGGGGCACAAGUACAAAGACUAGUCUAGCGAUAGAUAUUGGGGAGUUGAGUCGUGUUUGUUGGGCUACAAUUUUUGACAGAAUAAUCAAUUGUUACGAAGUUCUUGCUAUUACGGUUGCAUCGAAGAAAUACGCGAAGAAAAGAGGGAGGUUGGGGAUUGCGCUACUUGGUUGUGUUACUCGAAGACUGAAGAGCCGUUUUACGUUGCUUGUUUUGGUUGUUCGAUGAUGCCCACGUGAUGCUAGUGUCGUGUGUUUUUUUUACCUAGGAGCAGACCAGCGGCGGCGAAAGAAUCCGUAUGGAAGGAGUGGCCGCGACGGCAGGCAAUACGAUACUGUACCUGCCCCGGUCAUCUGAGCGGAUCAGCCGCGGCCUCCGCGAGGUGGAGAAAAAAUUGUGAUGUCACGUGUUGUGUUUUAGGGUAUAGACUGGUAUAUGUUAAAUGUAGAGGUGCUUUGAUGUGUAUGCGACGAUUGCCGUGGGAAUAAUUAACGAAGCGCGCCACGGACGCGAAGUAGGUUAUCACAGAGGUGGAGUUGCGGUGAGGCAGGUGUUGUUUUUUUUUGGUGAUUUGUAGUGUGGGUCGAUCUUCCCGAGAGGACGAGAAUCAAUGUCUCAACGUUUUUGCCUCGACAGACGAGAGUAAUAAUCUCCGUUUGUGCGGGAGAACGGGGGAACCGUUGUUGUUGUGUCUUGAAAAUUGAAGUGAUGAUAAAUAAACCGGCUAGACUCAGUAGGUGGAGGCAAAGGUUUGGCACACCGUUUCUAGUAUCAUGCGGUGAUCGAAAUCUUCCACGCGCAACACGACAUUUCAUCUUCCGUUCGACUUGUACAAGUCUUGGUCCGUUUUUUGGGCAGUUUGGCU